CGCUUAUCACAACAGACCAGAGUUGGCCGAAGAGAAGUGUGACUUCUUCACUUCGGAGCUAAGUCUCUCUGUUUUAUCCCUUUUCCCUCCAUAUUUUUCACCGCGGGUUCUCACGUUAGAAGUCUGCCAGCCUCUGUUUCAGGAUGGUGAAAGUGUCGUUUAACUCGGCUCUGGCACAGAAAGAUGUGAAGAAAGACGCUGAAACUCUGAUCCCAGAGGACACGGAUCCGGAGGGGGCUCUGAUUGUGCGUCACCAUUCUCGCACCUGGUGCUGGUGCAUGUGCCUUGGCCUUGCCCUCAUCCUGUUUGGGAUGGUGUUUACAGGAGCUUACGUGUAUCAACACUUGGCCCAUGAGGUAAGCCCAAGACUCGACACUGUCUGGGAGAAGAAGAAUGACCACCAGGUGUAUUUCUGUGGGGCACAGUACAUGGAGGAGAACUAUAUGAUCCGUGAGGAGGAGGAGGACGUGGAGGUGGACCUAGCCAAUGGGCACCACUUGCGGUUUCUGAAGGAGACUAUCCAGGUACUGGAGAGGGACCAGGUGGAGCUCAUUGAAGUGCCUGUGCCUGACUUUGACGAUGGAGACCCAGCUCAAAUUGUUCACGAUUUCCAGCGGAGUCUGACUGCUUAUUUGGAUCUGAACCUGAACAAGUGCUACGUCAUCCCACUCAACACCUCUGUCGUCAUGCCUCCCAGAGACCUUUUGGAAGUCCUUAUCAACAUCAAGGCUGGCAGCUACCUGCCCCAGACGUAUCUGGUCCGUGAGGAGAUGAUGGUGACUGAGCGUCUGGAGCACGUGGAGCAGCUCGGCUUCUUCAUCGCCAACCUCUGCCUUGGCAAAGAAACCUACAAGCUGCAGCACAGAGACAGAAUUCUUGGUAUGCAGAAGCGCGAAGUUCUGAACUGCCACAAGAUCCGUCACUUCGAGAACAAGUUUGUGAUGGAGACUUUGAUCUGCGAGCCUUAGGAUGCCUCGUCGCCUCACUGCAGCUCUUCAAGUCGCUGCCGUGCAAUGAGACUGUGUUCUUGACCUCACCUGUCUUUCUUCUGUCCUUUUACUUCAGGUCGCUUGAGUAAGUGAGGGGAGUGAAAUGUGAAGCUGUUUGGUAAAUAGUUGUUGAUUGUUUUUUUUUUUUGUUUUUUUUUAAGUAAAUAAAGGUGAAGCGUUGAGUAAUUUUCCACUUUCUGCACAAAGAUCGCCUGGGAUUCUUUACAGAAAUGAACAAGCUUAAAGUCAGCUGAGUAUUCAAGUUAUAAAUUAUUUUAAUCAAAGCAAUUACAAAAAUAACAAACAUUUAUUUUAAUAGAUAUGGGUAAUUUUUUUUUUUGCCUUUCUUUCAGUUCAAAUAUAUGAUUUCAAGAGAAAAGGCAACUUUUGUUUCACUGAUCCUGAUUUUUCUUUUUAACCUUUUCAGUCCAGGGAAGCUCUGUUUUUUGUAUUUUGUCUGCUGUAGCUAUUAUUACACUGCACCAGUUUUUCUUAACUGGAAAAUGAAAGUAAAAGUGUGGAGGUGUUUUUAUUUUCUUUAGCUUUGAAUAAAUAUGAGAAUUAAGAAAAAAAAAAAAGAAGGCGGCGCACACAGAAAACAUACACUUGUGGUAAAAACUUUUUUACAAGCUUGUCUCUUUUU